UUCCCCCACAAUAUAUACACACAAACAAACCAACGGUUCACGAAUUAGAAAAUCUUCUCCUUUUCUCCUUUCUUCUCUCUCAUAAUUUUCUCACAAAAUAAAAUUAGUGACUUUCUUUGGAUUCUGUGCGAAUACAAGUCAUACAAUUUCUCCGUGAAAUGUCAACUGGUGGCACCACCGCCGCCAACUCCGACAGUGUUAUCCCGACCACCACCCACCACCGUCGCCGCGCCGCCGACGCCACCACCAUGACGACGACGACGACGACGACGACCGACCUUGAGAAAUUAUCAAACUCAGAUUACAAUUUCUCCUCCUCCUCCGAUAACGUCAAUAAUAACCCAGAAAUUAGCAAUUGUGAUCUUCAUCAUUUUCACCAUUAUCAUCAUCCGUUAAUUAAAUACUUAUUGGUCCGGAAAAGGGUACCGGAAAGUAUUGUUUUUAGAGUAGAAGAAUGGGUUUUAAGCGCUUCUACAAUUAUGCAGUCUUUGAGAUCAAGGAAGAAUAUGGGUCGUACUGUUUUUGGGUUUCUGAUGUUUUUAUUGGUGGUUUCUGUAUUCUUCAAGUUUUCUUUCAUGAUGAUGAAUGGCAAUGUUGAAGAUUUAAAUGGGAAUUUUUUGAAAAGGGAAAAUGGUAUUUUUGUUCUUCGUAAUUUCAAGAAUGAUUUAGGUAAUGCCCAAAAGGUCCUUUCUGAAACAGAGUCAUCGUCUUCGGGUUCGGUUUCGGCUUCUGUGGAUUUUGUGAGAAAACGUCAGAUGAAGGAGAUACCAGUACCAGAAAUAUGGAUGAAGCCAAACAGUGAUAAUCAUUACCAAUGCAUUUCUCGGCCAAGGAAUCGCAUAAGAACUGGUUCAUCGACGAAUGGCUAUAUCUUAGUUCACGCGAAUGGAGGAUUAAACCAAAUGAGAACAGGGAUAUGUGAUAUGGUUGCUAUUGCUAAAAUAAUGAAUGCCACUCUAGUGCUUCCUUCUCUUGACCAUGAAUCCUUUUGGACAGAUACUAGUGAUUUUAAAGAUAUUUUUGAGUGGAGACACUUCAUUGAAGUUCUAAAGGAUGAUAUUGAGAUUGUUGAGUCGUUGCCUCUGAAAUAUGCAGCUGUGAAACCCCUUCAAAAGGCACCUGUGUCUUGGUCAAAGGCUAGUUACUAUAGAGGAGAGGUACUUUCUUUACUAAAGAAGCAUAAGGUGAUACAAUUUACCCACACGGAUUCAAGGCUUGCUAACAAUGGCCUAGCAUCGUCUAUUCAAAGGCUUCGCUGUAGAGCUAAUUAUCAGGCUCUGCGUUACACGAAUGAGAUAGAGGAGUUUGGAAAGAAGUUGGUUGAUAGACUUAGAGAUAAUGGUGAACCAUUUAUCGCUCUCCAUUUAAGAUACGAGAAAGACAUGCUAGCAUUUACUGGCUGCAGCAACAAUUUGACUGUUGAAGAGGCUGAAGAACUUCGUAGAAUGAGGUACGAAGUGAAACAUUGGAAGGAGAAAGAGAUAGACAGCAAGGAAAAGCGACUCCAAGGGGGCUGUCCCAUGUCCCCUAGGGAGGCUGCUUUAUUUCUCAAGGCAAUGGGAUAUCCGUCCACGACCAGAAUAUACAUUGUUGCAGGGGAAAUUUAUGGAAACAACAGCAUGGACGAAUUCCGUUCGCACUACCCAAAUGUGUUCUCUCACUCAACCCUUGCAACAAAGGAAGAACUCGAGGCUUUUAAGAAUUAUCAAAACCGUCUUGCUGCUGUAGACUAUAUAGUAGCCCUUGAAAGUGAUGUUUUUGCUUACACUUAUGAUGGCAAUAUGGCAAAGGCCGUGCAAGGUCAUAGACGUUUUGAAGGAUUUCGAAAGACCAUUAGCCCCGACAGGUUCAAUUUUGUAAGACUGAUCGACUCGUUAGAUAAAGGUGAAAUCUCUUGGGAAGAGUUUGCUUCAAAAGUUAAGGUCUUACAAUCCCAAAGAUUAGGAUCACCUUAUCUCAGACAAGCCGGUGAAUCACCAAGAUUAGAGGAGAACUUUUACGCGAAUCCUUUACCAGGUUGUUUAUGUAAUAGAUCACACGAAGAAGCGAGUAAACAACAAUUCAACAAGAGACCAAGUUUGAGGGUUGCUUCACAAAGGUAGGUAUUUGUAAUGACCAUAAUUUGGUAGAUUAGUCCAAAUAUCAGUACUUGUUCUACAAAUGGCCUAUAAGGGGUUGCCAGAAGUCGGGUUUUUUCAUUGCCCUUCAUACUGCGCGGCGAGCAAAACCAAAGAGAGAUAAUUGUGACAAGCAAAGCGGCAUUUGGAAGCAGAGAUGCUGGUUUAUAUAAGAUGGACAAAAGAAAGCAUAUAUACAAAGCAGAGAUGUACUCAAAAUAUCAUUCUUUAGGGUGGAAUAUAGAAUUUUUCAUUCAUUUAUUAUUUUUAUUUUUGUUCAGAGUUGGCUUUGUGAUUAGUUUUACACAUUAGGUUCAACACGGAUUCAUAUGUAUACCAAUUCAUGAAAAUGAUAUACAGAUCUUUACACAGAUGCAGAAUUA